GACCCUCAACCAUGCUGUGACUUUUGCAAGUUUCUACAGCUCAAUAAUUCAAUAUGUCCGUGUCUACUGCCGAGGUUGUUUUGUGCGACAAGUGUGUAAUGUUCAAACAGCUCGACGCUAUGUUGAGCCCGAAUCCUUUGGACCACCAUACAAGUUGGACUGAGCUCUGUCGUUCAGCCAAGAAUGGUUGCCUUUUAUGCGCCGCUUUUGUCAGGUGUCAAGCAUUCAAAGAACCUAGAGCCUUGCCAGACAAUUUCGAUGAGCAUAUGAACCCGGCAGAUACUCAGAUCAGUUGGCGUGCACAUUUCGUGCCAGAAAUGCUCAUACUGAUGCAAAAGGGGCUAUUCUUUGCUCCUUAUGAUGAUGUUGUCAACACGUGGGUAGAGUUGUUUACAGAGCCCGAUGAUCCACUUGUCGUUAUACUUUCUGGUAGGCCUAUUCAAACAGAUUCGAGAUCCGAUGUAUCUCUCGGGCUUAUCCGCAAAUGGGUUCAAGAUUGCCGGAAAAACCACACGGAUUGCAAUGCCUCUCCCCUUAAAGUUUUGCCCACUCGAGUCGUAGAUGUUGGGCGUGAAGACCCCCCUGUGGAUCCUUUCGUGUUUGUCUCGGAAGGAGCUCUGGGAGAAUGGAUUACCCUUAGCCAUUGUUGGGGAGGUCAUACGCCGCUUUCGACAACGUCUGCCAACAUAAAAGAGCGACGCAGAGCCAUCCCACUUGACGAGUUUCCACCCACGUUUCGCGAUGCCAUCCUCUUGACUCGAAAACUUGGCUUUCGAUAUAUGUGGAUUGAUUCUCUUUGCAUCCUCCAGGACAGCCAUCAAGAUUGGACUCAGGAGUCGAGCCAAAUGUACCAAAUCUACGCUGAGGCAUUCAUGAACAUCGCCGCAUCCAGUGCUCGGAAUCCUGAAGAUGGAAUAUUUGCUAGUGGAAACCGGCGGCGAGAUCUUGCCUCCCCAAUCUUUUCACUCGCAACGUACUCUGCCAAGCAUGAUAUAAGUGGAAUCGUGCGCAUUCGACCUUCUAUGCCCAGCUACCCUUUCACUUCGUUGGAUGACGAGCCUUUGAACAAGCGCGCUUGGGUUCUACAAGAAAGUACUCUGUCUCCACGACGAAUCGACUUUGGCUCGUCGGAACUUCAUUGGUACUGUCGUUCCUCUUCGAUACGAGAAGGCUUCCCGGGCUCAAAUGACAUUGAAGUAUCGUAUGCGCCAACACUCAUAGGUGGGCAAGUUGACCUAUUCAAGAUACCGCUCUGCACAUCUCCUUUCGACCCGACUGUGAGCGUUAUGAACCUAUUUUCAUCUGACCCUCUAGCCUGGUGGUACACCAUUGUCUAUCGAUCUUAUAAUAGUCGUAAAAUUACUAUUCAUACAGACAUUCUUCCAGCCAUUGCUGGUAUCGCAGAGCAGAUUGCUAAACGAACAUCCUAUCACUAUAAAACUGGACUGUGGUUAGAAGACAUUCACAGAGGAUUGUUGUGGCAAGCUUCAUGGACUAUAAACAGGCCACCAGCAACCUCUUACCCAUCGUGGAGCUGGGCAUCGGCUAUUCUUCCUUGGCGCGAUCGGAAUUUGAGCCUUCACUCCUACGAAGAUGGCCCACGGGCCGAGAUCGUGGACGUGAGCGUUGUGAAUACGGCUGACAACCCCUUUGGCGAAGUCAUCUCCGCAGCUCUGACUAUCAAGAGCCGCUUUCGGACCUUCGACCACUGGACAGGCAAGAAUUUGCCAAUUUAUAACAACACAGAAUGGAUUGAAGACAUGAAAAUUGCCAAUCGCUGGCGUGAUCCGAAAAAGAACGUAGAUUGUGCCACAGCUCCACUGGGUAGGGUCAUUUGCACACUCGAUGAGAGACCACAGGAUGUUGAUGCGGCCCACAAGAACAUGCUACGGCUAGGUGUUAUAUGCUUGCAAAUCGGCAAAUUUGGCCAUCGUGACUACCCAGAAGAUCCUGGGGAGACAGUGUUUGCAUUGGUUUUGCAACCUACGGGGCGGGAAGUUGAUGAAUACAGGAGAAUAGGAAUCGCAGAGAUACCGGCAGAAGAUGGAAUGGCUGAUAAUUGGGACUUCAAGACCGUUAAGAUUGUUUGAUUGGUCAUGGAGGGGCAGAUAUAUUCUCUACUUUCAUAAUGUCACGCCGCUUACUCUGGCUUGAUCAUCUGCAUUACAUUUCUUUUCUCGUUUGAAAACUUUACGAAGCUGUGUUACUACUGCAAGCCUUUUCUCCAAAAAUUUUGUUCCAGCCAAUCUUUUACUCCAAUUGU